CCGGCAGCGAGUCUGUCCCAAGGAUGGAGGGUGGUGGGAGAGCCCACAGUGCCAUUGUUGGCUGGGCCUGCACGAGCCUGUGCUUGGUGUCCUGCGCGGCCGCCUUCUCGCAGGGCGCCAGCCUCUCCGCCUGCAGCGACAUGAUGCCCAGGCACCUGAGGGUGCAGCUGCACAGCUCCAACAGCAACUACGUCACCGUCCACACCAACAUGUCCUUCUUCUUCCCGGGAGACAAGGUGCCAGUGACAGUAAGAAGCACCCGGGAUUACAUGGGCUUUAUGCUGCAAGCACGCAAAGUGUCCAACAACGAAAUCGCUGGCACGUUCAUCUUCCUGCCUCCUGGUUCCAAGCUGCUGAAUUGUUUUGAAGAUGGUGACACUGUCACACACUCGGACAAGUCACUGAAGAGAAACCUGUCCUUCGUAUGGAAAGCACCAGACCAACCCAUUGGAGACAUCAAGUUUUUCAUCUCCAUAGUCCAGUCAUACUUUGUUUACUGGGCAAAGAUUGAAUCUGCUGUUGUGGCUCAGGGAGGGCAAAACAAGACUCUUGCUGACAAGAAGCCUGAGGCUGUAGCCCCCACGGCCCUGCAGGGACCAGCUGACCCUCACCCCACAGGUCCCAUCUCUCCUGCAGCUGCCACUGGCUCCCUGCUGCCUGCCAGCCCCACUGCCAUAGUGGUAACCCCAGCACCAGAGCCGGGUUUUGGUGUGGGGUUGGAGACUGAGCCAAAGCAGCCGGGCCGGACUUUGCGGGCUGUGCCCAGCAGGAGUAUCCGGUCCAGAGGCCGGGAGCUGGAGCCGUCCCUUCCCACCCAAGAUGUUGGAAUGGUGGAUGCCUUGCAAGGUUCCCUCUCCCAGGACAAUGCCUCCAGCUACAGCACCUCCAAUGGAAGCAUUGCCAGUGCUGCUACCCUACACUUGUGUUUGAGGUGUACAGGCAACAGGAAGGGCAGCACUGAGAGUGGGACCAUCUUGAAAGCCUCCCUUCGUGUGACAGCGUCUCCCUCUGCCCCACACGUACGCACGCACCUGGGCGGCAUUGCUGCAAGCACAGCCUGGCCUGGUGAUGCCAGCACUGCUGGAAAUUUGUCCUCGGCCUCAAGGCAAAUGGCAGGAAGAGAGUUGGCACCGCAGCCAGAGGGGGCAGGCACCAGGGCCGAGGAGGACAAGGAUGAGCAGGAGGCAGCUGGGAAUACCCUGCCAUGGGUGACCAGGCCUGCUCCCGAAUCUGCUGUUCCUGGAAUAGGGGAAGGCCCUGGCAGAGGAAGGCGACUCCUUGCAGCCCAGCUUGGCCUCCUCCUGCUCUGCACGGCCGCGCUGGGGCUGGCGCUGGCGGCUGCCGUGCGCUGUGCGUGUGCCCAGCAGUGCCACAAGCGCGCCGAGGUGACCUUCAGCGAGCCCGAGCCCGACGUCAUCACCAUCACGGAGCACGGGGCGGUGAUGCGCUUCCGAAGGACGCGGGACAACGGCCUCGUGCUGCUGCCAGCCCCGUGCAACUGGGUCAGCCCCUCGAGCAGCACGAGCAGGACCGUGCUGCUUUAGUCCCUCUUUGCGCUGCCAUGCAGGCAAACAAACCCCAAGCAGCCAGGUCAGACAGAGG